AUGCCCCUCUUCCACGCCCUCUGCAGAUUUCUCUUGUUCCUAUACAUCCUACAAGAUUGUGCUGCCACAGACACCAUCGCACCUGGUGAAGCACUUGUUGGCAGCGACAAGCUCGUCUCCAGCAAUGGCAAGUAUGCACUUGGCAUCUUCCAGACAGGCAGUGAUGCUGAAAUUUUGAAUUGGAAUACUAGGUACCAAAUAGCUCUAGGAAUUGCUAGAGGACUAGCCUAUUUGCAUGAGAGCUGUCGAGAUUGUAUUAUACACUGUGAUGUGAAACCUCAAAACAUACUUCUAGACGAAUCAUUCAUCUCCAAAAUUGCAGACUUCGGAAUGGCAAAGUUUUUAGGUAGGGAGAUCAGCAGGGCUUUAACUACAAUAAGAGGAACCAUAGGAUACCUUGCACCUGAAUGGAUUAGCGGAGGGGCAAUCACACCAAAAGUUGAUGUUUACAGCUAUGGAAUGCUUUUAUUGGAAAUUGUUUCGGGAAGGAAGAACUCACAUAGAGAAUGUACCACUACUGGUGAUGAUGAUACUUAUUUCCCUGUGCAAGUUGCAAGCAAGCUUCUUGUGGGAGAUAUUGGAAGCUUGGUGGAUGACAAGUUACAUGGCGAUGUCCAUCUAAACGAAGCUGAAAGAGUUUGUAUUUUGUUUGGUUGCUUGCUGGUGCAUUCAAGACAAUGA